AUGGAAUCAGAGGAAAGGAUACACUGUGGAUUUAUUCAGGAUAAUACUGAGCUAAACAAAAAUAUCGAGAAAUUUUGGGAUACAGAAGAGGUGCAGUGUGAGGUACCCAAAAAUAAAGAAGCAAUAAUUUGCAAAAAGCACUUUGAGGAAAACGUUAAAAGAGAUAAAACGGGGAGGUAUAUUGUAAAAAUGCCAUUAAAAGAUGAUCCGAGGUGUUUGGGAAAAUCUAAAGAUAUCGCGCUUAAAAAAUUAAAUUCUCUGUGGAAUCAGUUUUUAAAAGAUCCUGAAUAUUUAGCUUUGUAUAGAGAUUUUUUAGGCGAGUAUGAAACAUUAGAUCAUAUGACCGAAGUUUCGGAAUGUGAGGAAGAAGCAGGAACAUAUUAUAUUCCACACUUAGGAAUUUAUCUCCCGGAUAAAAUGACAACAAAGCUUCGUGUCAUGUUUAAUGCAUCCUCACCAACAACUUUAGGUACUCUAUACAAUAUAACGGUGGAGUUAUUCAGGAAGAUCUAUUUAAAAUAA